GGCGCUGCCGGGGCGGGCGCGCUCGGGCUGCGGGGACGGGCGGGGUGUCCCGGGGAGGGCACCCCGCGGCGCCCUGCGCGACUGAGUGGGAUGUGGGGCCGGGAACGGGUCAGAGACGGGAGAGACCCUGGGCUGGGUCACGGCAGCGGCCUCUCGCCCGAGCGGCCAGGCAGGGCUCAGCAGGAGAGCCUGUCGUGGGUGUUUGUGCCGGAGCCUUCAUCCGCCGCCGGGGCCGCACUGACCGCCCCGCACGCCUUUCCGCUGACGGGAGCCAGAGCUGGGAACCGGCUCUGUCCGCUUGCACCGCCACAUCGGGAGUUUUCCCUCAAGUAGCCAGAAAGCUCUGGUACUGCGGUGAGCUCCCAAUGCAAGAGCAGGGCUGACACCUUGGCGUAAAAUGCUAAAUCACGGCUCUGCGUAGUGGCCGUGACUGUGGUCCCCUGGCAGCCUCACCCGCGGGCAGCCUCCCGAGCCGAGGGGAGGCAAGACUGAGGUGUGAUGCAAAAGCUCCCGAACCUCCCCCACCACGCCGCCCCGAUGCAACUCCCGGCCCGUUCGUGGGUGCUGAGAGUCUGGUGGCAGCUGGUGUGCCCCUGGGGCGAGGCAGGAGUUGUGUUUGCUAAACCACUAAUCGCCUUUUUAGCAACGCUUCUGUUCCACCGCGCAAUGAAGCGUACUGGCAGCGGCCCCACCGCGCGGUACUAGCAUCUCCUAUUUGACCGCUCAUGAACCCGAGCCUGGAUUUGGAGGCACGAGGGUGCUGUCCCGUCCGUAGACCUUCUGCCCGCAGUAUACACGAGAUGGCGUGCCAUUGGAAACGAAAGCGCGAAAGCUCGCUCCAUCCCCGCUCAGGGACAGACAUCCCUUGCCAGGGUAGGACGGUCGGACUCACCGCGCUGGGAGCAUCCCCUAGCCGGAAGAAGUAAAGAGCACCAGGAGAAAGGGAGAAACAAGACUUCUGAAUACAGGGGCUUUCCAGAAGUGGCAAGGAAGAUUUGAAGCCCUCAUGCAAGACCAGAACUCACCCCACCUGCUCAAAACACUCAUCCGCUUGUCCCCUCUUACCGAACUUAUAGAAAGUCGGUGGACGCAGGGUGCAAUCAGGGCCGGCAGUGCCCAGCUGGUGAGGGGCGUUCAAGGGGUCCCCAGAGCGUGCAGUGAGACCCCGCAGCGGUGCACACACCCCCUGCCCGCCGGGAAGGGGGCACCUGGAGCCUCAGGACCGGGCAGGGCAGGGAAGGGAAGGGAAAUCCCCCCGGGGUGCGGCAGGGAACUACCGACGGGGACGCCGGAGAGGCGAGUACUUCCCCCCUGGAAAAACGCCAAGUUCCCUCUCGCGCCGACAUCUUUCCUCCCCUCCCCUCCGACGCCCCUUCUGGGCGGCCCCAGCUGCUCCGCCCUCCCUGCCAGUGCCGGCGGCGCCGAGCAGGACCAGACCCGUCGGUCGGGCUUUGACUGGCUGGAAAUUCCCGUCCUCGGCGGCUCCUCCCUCGCAGAAAUCCCCUGGCCGCGGUGUAUAUGCGAGGCGGCGCCGCCACUACCGCUCACUCGCAGCGCCCGCAGCUCCGUCGCCAUGAUCAGCGCCCGCCGCGCCGCCGAGCCGCCCGCCAUGGAGGGCUACGAGCACCCCAAGAAGGACCGUCAGGGCGGGUUCCCGCUCGACGAUCGCCACGACAGUGGCUUGGACUCCAUGAAGGAGGAGGAGUACCGGCAGCUGGUGAAGGAGCUGGAGGACAUACGGCUACAGCCCCGCGAGCCGCCCGCCUGGGCACAGCAGCUGACGGAGGACGGGGACACUUUUCUCCAUUUGGCAAUUAUUCACGAGGAAAAAGCCCUGAGCCUGGAGGUGAUCCAACAGGCAGCCGGCGACCGGGCUUUCCUGAACUUCCAGAACAACCUCAACCAGACUCCUCUUCACCUGGCAGUGAUAACUGAUCAGCCUGAAAUUGCUGAGCAUCUUCUGAAGGCUGGAUGCGACCUGGAAGUCAGGGACUUCCGAGGAAACACCCCCCUGCACAUUGCCUGCCAGCAGGGCUCCCUUAGGAGCGUCAGCGUCCUCACGCAGUACUGCCAGCCACACCACCUCCUCGCUGUCCUGCAGGCAACCAACUACAAAGGACAUACGUGUCUUCAUUUGGCAUCCAUUCAAGGAUACCUGGCUAUUGUCGAGUAUCUGCUGUCCUUGGGAGCAGAUGUAAAUGCACAGGAGCCGUGCAAUGGCAGAACAGCACUACAUUUGGCUGUUGAUCUGCAGAAUUCAGACCUGGUGUCGCUUCUUCUGAAACACGGGGCAGAUGUGAACAAAGUGACCUAUCAGGGCUAUUCCCCCUAUCAGCUCACAUGGGGAAGAGACAACUCAAGCAUACAGGAAAAGCUGAAGCAGCUGACCACAGCUGACCUGCAGAUGUUGCCAGAAAGUGAGGAUGAGGAGAGCAGUGAAUCAGAACCUGAAUUCACAGAGGAUGAACUUAUAUAUGAUGACUGCCUUAUUGGAGGACGACAGCUGGCAUUUUAAAGCAGAGCUUUCUGUGAAGUGACUAUAUACCUAUGUAUAGAAAAAGGACUGACUUUCUUCAUUUAAAAAGAAAGUCGCAAUGUGGAGAGAAAAAACAGGAAGGAAAUACUACACUGCCCAGCAAGGAGAAGGAGCUCAUAACUUUAACAAGACAGUUCCAGGAUCUGCCCCGUGUUUAAAUACAGGAGUGGGAUAUGUAACAUCAGUAGAGAUCUGUGAUUAUUCACGCCACCUGAUAAAGAGCCAUGUAGCCCAUUUUCUCAGCCCUACAAAGGUAACAGACUACACAUCCAACCUGCUCAUUACAGGGAGCUUGCUUGUGGCAUUAAGUACUGCAAGGAACACGUGUACUUUCAUGGCAAGGUGGACUCAUACCAACACCCCUUCUUCUCAGAGCCUGUGUGUUAAUUUGCGUUGGGCUGGUGGCAGUUCCUGGCGUUUCUGACUGACCUCAGGUCGGGGUCAGUGCUCUCAGUGGGGCGUUCCAAGUGGAGGAGUCGGACCAAGGGACUGGUGACCUCCUGGCUCAUAAGAGAAAGUAGCAAUAAUGUUAACUGUGGGCAUUGGAAACAGUGUGUUUCACACCAUGUGUGUCAUAAUUGCUACACUUUUUAGCAAUUGUAUAUUGUGUAAAUACUGUACAUUUUUUGUUUAUAAUUAUUUUGGUACAUGUGAGAUAUGUAUUUAUUAAAAAAAAGUCAGAUUACUGUA